UUUCUCAUGAGGAGGGGAGAGUAAUGAAGAGGCCUAUGAGAGAUCAGACUUAUUCUUUUGUUGAUGCUGAGCAGGUUAUUGGUAGAGAUGAUGAUAAGAAAGUCAUCUUGGACAUGCUGCUCGCUUCUUCUUCCACUGAUGGCGAGGUCGCGCAGAGGGACAAGAUGCUCCCUGUCAUCACAAUUGUGGGAAUGGGUGGCAUGGGGAAGACCACUUUAGCUAAACUCAUAUUCAAUGAUCCUCAGGUUGAGGAAUGCUUUGAGAUGAAAUUGUGGGUGUGUGUUUCAGAUGUCUUUGAUAUCAAGGAUAUCACUGAGAAUAUCCUCAAGUCUGCAACCAACAAAGAGAUACCCAAGUUAGAGAUGGAGCAGCUACAGGGUCAGUUGCGGAACCAAAUCGGUGAUAAAAAGUACUUGCUUGUUCUAGAUGACGUGUGGAAUGAAAUUCGUGAGAAAUGGCUUGAGUUGAGGGACCUCUUGAAGAUUGGUAGAAAGGGAAGUAAAAUCGUGGUAACUGCUCGAUCAAGGGAUGUGGCCGAAAUAAUGGGCACUUUUCCUCCUCAUGAGUUACAAGGUCUAUCAGAGGAGAAGUCCUGGGAAUUAUUUAAAAAGAUGGCAUUCAAUGAAGAAGCUCAACAAAAUCCACAACUACUGAAGGUUGGCAAGGAGAUUGCCAAGAAGUGUGGGAAACUUCCUUUGGCCAUAAGAACCGUAGGCAGUCUGCUUUAUGGUAAGGAGGAGAUAAAGUGGUCGUCAAUCAAGGAUACAAGUCUUGCAAAAAUACCUGAGAGCCAAAGUGAAAUUAUGAGCAUUCUCAGGCUUGUGGUCGCCAUUGAAAAAUUGCUUUGCUUAUUGCUCUUUGUUUCCAAAAAACACUGGGUUGAAGAAAGAAAUUUUGAAAGAGCUUUGGAUGGCUGAGGGCUUCAUUAUUCCAGAAAUCGAUGAAAAUCAAAGUCUAGAUGAAGCUGCAGAGGACUAUUUUCAAACUUUGCUGCAAAGGGGAUU